CCUCACACGCAUUCCUGUUCUUCAGACUGCCAGGAACUGCUGUUGCUGCCACCACCAACCCCCAUGGCCUAUGUUCCGGAUGGGGGUGCCCCUGCUGCAGGGGCCAUCCCCUUGGGCUCUCAGUGCUGCGUGUGCAAAGUGGAGUUGUCAGUGAGUGGCCAGAACCUGCUGGACCGGGACGUCACCUCCAAGUCUGACCCUUUCUGCGUCCUCUUUAUAGAGGACAAUGGCAGGUGGAUGGAGUACGACAGAACAGAAACAGCCAUCAACAACCUCAACCCGGCCUUCUCCAAGAAGUUCGUGCUGGAGUACCGCUUUGAGGAGAUACAGAAGCUCAAGUUUGCCCUGUUUGAUCAGGACAAGUCCAGCGCGCAGUUGGAGGAGCAUGACUUCCUGGGCCAGUUCGCCUGCAGCCUUGGCACGAUUGUCUCCAGCAAGAAGAUGACCAGGCCUCUGCUGCUGCUGAAUGACAAGCCUGCAGGGAAGGGCUUAAUCACGAUCGCAGCCCAGGAACUGUCAGACAACCGUGUCAUCACACUGAGCCUGGCCGGCAGGAAGCUGGACAAGAAGGACCUCUUUGGGAAAUCAGACCCAUUUCUUGAGUUUUAUAAGCCAGGGGAUGAUGGUAAAUGGAUGCUAGUCCAUAGGACUGAGGUGAUUAAGUACACUCUGGACCCUGUGUGGAAACCGUUCACGGUGCCGUUGGUAUCCUUGUGUGAUGGGGACCUGGAGAAGUCCAUCCAGGUUAUGUGCUAUGACUAUGACAGUAAUGGAGGCCAUGAUUUCAUCGGCGAGUUCCAGACCUCCGUGUUGCAGAUGAGUGAGACUCGGGAUGGCGUCCCGCUGGAGAUGGAGUGUAUCAACCCCAAGAAGCAGCGGAAGAAGAAGAGCUACAAGAACUCGGGUAUCAUUAUCCUGCGAUCAUGCAAGAUACACCGAAACUACUCGUUCCUGGACUACAUCCUGGGAGGCUGCCAGCUCAUGUUCACCGUUGGAAUAGACUUCACAGCCUCCAACGGGAAUCCCCUCGACCCUUCUUCUCUACACUAUAUCAACCCCAUGGGCACCAACGAAUACUUGUCAGCCAUCUGGGCCGUGGGACAGAUCAUUCAGGACUACGACAGUGAUAAGAUGUUUCCUGCUCUGGGUUUUGGGGCCCAGUUACCGCCAGACUGGAAGGUGUCCCAUGAGUUUGCCAUCAACUUCAACCCCACCAACCCUUUCUGCUCAGGCGUGGAUGGCAUCGCCCAGGCAUACUCAGCCUGCCUGCCCCACAUCCGUUUCUAUGGGCCCACAAACUUCUCCCCUAUCGUCAACCAUGUGGCCCGGUUUGCUGCCCAGGCCACACAACAACAGACAGCAACGCAGUACUUCAUCCUCCUCAUCAUCACUGACGGGGUCAUCAGUGACAUGGAGGAGACACGGCACGCCGUGGUGCAGGCCUCCAAGCUGCCCAUGUCCAUUAUCAUUGUGGGUGUGGGCAAUGCUGACUUUGCAGCCAUGGAGUUUCUAGAUGGGGACAACCGUAGACUGCGCUCACAUACAGGCGAGGAGGCAGCCCGGGACAUUGUGCAGUUCGUGCCCUUCCGGGAGUUCCGCAAUGCAGCAAAAGAAACUCUGGCCAAAGCGGUGUUGGCGGAGCUGCCUCAGCAAGUAGUGCAGUAUUUCAAGCAUAAAAACCUGCCCCCCACCAACUCGGAGCCUGCCUGAGCCUAUGCCCAACAGCAGCAUGCCAGCUGAGCCCCCAGCCUCCCCAGGAACAUGCACGUUCACCCUGCUUCCUCAUGGGUGG